AUCAAGGCAUCGACUAAUAUUUAAUCCUAAACUAGUUUAUCAUUACUCUCAAAUCUAAUCUCUAUCUACUGUACAUUUACAUUCUUGUACACGAAGUCAUAUACUUCAACUAUUGUUGUCCCCUUCCUCAUCUAAACAGUCUUAAGACUAAACAUGGGUUCUUAAAUUCUUAAAAACAAUCCCAUAAACCCACAAUUAAAGACCCGUUAUCUUGAUCAAUCUUAACCAAUUUGAUUCAAGCCCAAAAGGGUUUUCUUGUUUUGUAAUAAAGAUCCAAACUGUAGUAUAUUGGGUCAAUUUUGGAGCAGAUUAUGCACAGAUCUGGCGCUGUAAUGGCUUGGAAUGUGUUUAAAUUUUGUACAGCUCUGAGGGGUCUUGGCUCAAUUAUGAUCUUGUUGGUUCUUGGAGUUGUGGGUGUUUCUUAUUAUGCUGUUGUUUUGUCUAUUUAUUUCCCAGCUUUGAUCAGUGGUGGUCUUGAUUCUCUUGUUGCACUUCUUGUUUUGCUGCUGUUUCAUGGUCUGUUGGUGAUGCUAUUAUGGAGUUAUUUCUCUGUUGUUUUCACGGACCCGGGUGGUGUGCCUCCAAAUUGGAAGCCUGUUGUGGACGAGGAGAAUGGCGAGGCCGACUUAUGGGCUGAUUCAGAAUUCAUCCAGUUGCCAGGGGAACCGACAAACUUGGGUGUUCGAUAUUGCCGGAAGUGCAACCAGCUAAAACCACCCCGCUGCCAUCAUUGCUCUGUUUGUGGGAGAUGUGUACUGAAAAUGGACCACCAUUGUGUUUGGGUUGUCAAUUGUGUUGGGGCAUUGAACUACAAGUAUUUCCUUCUUUUCCUGUUCUACACAUUUCUUGAGACCACUCUUGUGACCUUGUCGUUGCUGCCACAUUUUCUAAUGUUCUUCAGUGAUGAAGAGAUACCUGGAUCGCCAAGCAGUCUCGCGACCACUUUCCUUGCAUUUGUACUAAAUCUAGCUUUUGCAUUGAGUGUUUUUGGAUUCCUGAUAAUGCACAUAUCCUUGGUGGCUGGUAAUACAACAACUAUUGAGGCAUAUGAGAAGAAGUCCACUCCAAAAUGGCGCUUCGACCUGGGUCGGAAGAAAAAUUUUGAGCAGGUGUUUGGAACGGACAAGCAUUACUGGUUCAUUCCAAGUUACUCAGAAGAAGAUAUAAGAAGGAUGCCUGCCCUUCAGGGUCUCGAAUAUCCAUCAAAACCUGAAUUAGAUGGCCAAGAGUUUUAGAGAUCGUUAACAGUCAUCCUUUCUUGUAAGUUGCAACUGUAGCUAUGCGACCACAAAACUUCUGUCAACCAUCAGGCAAUUGAAGGAAAUUUACUUGUCCUCGUUCUAUUCCAUCCAAACUUAGAUAGCAUCUUGCAAACAAGUUAAUCAUCGAGGUGGAUAAAGCAGUUCAAGUACAAGUGUAUUCACAGCCAAGUUUGGAUGGUACCACUGAUUUUUACAUUGUUUCUAUACCUUGUUUGGCUACUGUAAGAUACGGCAUGCUGAAGAUCUUGUAUUUCGGGGGAAAUGUAUAUUAUUAUUGGUAGCAUGUUCAUGUUAGAGUGUAUACAAAUGUCAUACAUUUCAUAGAUAAAUCACUUGGCAUAUGCCACGGUUUCUUUAUUAAAUUUAAGCUGAUGUAUUGUUCUACAAA